AGUGCGCGCGACGUGGUGCUGAUGGGGCUCGCGCUGGACACAGAUACGCGGCUGUAUCGAUGAGGAGGGUGGUGAUGAUGAAGAGUCGAUCGCUCCAUCGAUCUGCGCUGAUCGGGCAGGGUCCGUGGCCCCGCUAAUCAGCUGAUCGAUCCCGGACCGAGCGGCGUGGCGCCACGAGGUGACAAUCAGCGUCACCGAUCACACCUGAUGUGAGGCACGCGGCGUGGCGCGAGAGCAGCUGUGCACGACAAUCAGCUGAGCGGAGCGGGAGGACAUCGGACCGGAUUCUGGACCAUGUGAGCGCGACAGGUUCGAUCCCCGCCCCGCUGGAGGUCACAAGGAAACCCUGCUGGUUAUCCAGGUACGAGGACCUGCACGCGCCGAUGCAUUACCUACACUUUAAGACGCGCACGCGUUCACACACGCAUACAGUAAAGGUCUGUAAAGUUGGUUUGUUUAGGGUCGCGUGCGGCUGCGGCCGGAACAAAGGUGUGUGUAUGUGUGUGUUUAUUUCAGAUGAAAAAAAAUAUUUCAGACAGCCUGCAGCACUCACUGACCAAUAAUCGAUUAUUAAACCUGAGCUUUGAUUGGAGGAUCGACCAGCCUUGUUUUUAUUGUAACCGCUAUCCCCACCCUGCGCCACGUGCCUGCUGCGCGUGUAUGUGUCAACGUGUGCGCGUGUUUAGUGAAGGUUCAUGUAGAGAGAGGAGCAGUCUGUCCAUCAGAGGGAGGAGACCGCUGAGAUCAGCGUCAGGUGAGAAACUCACCUGAGGCCUAUUCUACGAAGCAGGAUUACUGCUUAGCGGGGUAACUUCGAGGGUAAAUUAGGGGUUUCCUGUUCUACGACGCGGGUUCACUUCGUAGUGGGGCAAGUCUCCAUGGCAACGUACGCUGAACGGCUAACCUGGGGCCUAUUCUACGAAGCAAGUUCGACUUAGCGCGGUAGCCAUCGGUUUAGCUAAACGGUCUUAAGACGCUGGUUAUCAACCUCGGAAGUGGAUCCAGCUUUGCUAUGGGCGCGUGCACGCAUGCAAGGCGGAGCCCGUCGCAUCUGACCAAUCGCGAACAUGGACCAGUCUGGAGCGUCAGAGCAGGCCGGAGAGCCUAGGACCGCGGACUUUACAAACGAGGAGCAGGGGACGAUCAUGAGAAAGUAUGAAGAAUUCAAAUCUAUCAUAAACCUCAAAAGCAACACCGUCGCUGCUGCAAAAGCACGGAGGGAAUGCUGGCAGAAAAUUGCUGACAGUCUCAAUGCGUAAAUAUAGUGCGCAAAAAAUCUUUGAUGCCAUUAUCACCCUGAAAUAACACUGUUCAACAUGCGCGUUUAACAUGCACCAGACAUGUCUAAUUCAUUUCCAAGAUAAAAUCAUUCAUCUGUUCAUUCCUAUCGUGUUUACAUUUUUUGUGUGAUAUGUCGGCCAUAUGAGCCUUUCAUGAAGGUGGUCAUCCGGAAAAGUAAGUGGGUCCAUGCGAUCCCUGAAAACUCUUGUGUGCCAGAGUGCUCGUCGGACGAUGCGUGCACCGAGGUCUAUAGGAUCCUCCAAGAACAGACAAGCCAUUUUUCGAGAGAACUCAUUGGUCAGUGGGCGGGGUUUUUAUACUUGGUGAGUUCAAUCUGGAACCUAACCUGCCCCGGAGCAGGUUAGCCGUUCAGCAUACAUUGCCAUGGAGACUCACCUCACUAAGAAGUGAACCCCGAACUUACCCUCGAAGUUACCUCGCUAAGCAGUAAUCCUGCUUCGUAGAAUCUUGGAAAUGAAUUAGACAUGUCUGGUGCAUGUUAAAAGGGCAUAUUGAACAGUGCUAUUUCAGGGUGACAAUGACAUCAAAGAUUUUUUGCACACUAUAUUUACGCAUUGAGACUGUCAGCAAUUUUCUGCCAGCAUCCCUUCCGUGCUUUUGCAGCGGCGAUGGUGUUGCUUUUGAGGUUUAUGAUAGAUUUGAAUUCUUCAUACUUUCUCAUGAUCGUCUCCUGCUCCUCGUUUAUAAAGUACGCAGUCCUUCGCUCUCUGGCCUGCUCUGACUCUUCAGACUGGUCCAUGUUCGCGAUUGGUCAGAUGUGACGGGCUCCGCCUUGCAUGCGUGCAUGCGCUCAUAGCAAAGCUGGAUCCACUUACGAGGUUGAUAACCAGCGCCGUAAGACCGUUUAGCGAGACCGAUGGCUACCGCGGUAAGUUGAGCAAGUUCACUCCAAGGCUACCUCGCUAGGUCGAACUUGCUUCGUAGAAUAGGCCCCCUGUCCUGAGAAGGUGAAACUGACCCUGAUUUUGUUGAAUCAGCUCCAGUCUGUCAGUGAACAGAGAGAGAGAGCAGCCAAUCAGGGAGCGGACUUGGGUCACAUGAUUGUGUUGAUCCAUUAUUAAUAUUUAUUGGCUCUUCCUCCUGGUGACACAAAGACAAAGUAGAAGCUCUCAGUUCACUGUAGAUGUAAAACCUGUAGAUGUUGUUCAGCAUUAGUUGAGUCUUAGAGAUAUUUGGGGUGCUGGAUUUGGACUCUUGGGAGAGGAGGAUGCAGCAUCUAUGAUUUACAAUUCUUUGUUUAAAGGACUCCAGUUGUCCUUUCCAUGCAGUGAAUCCCACUCAAGAGUCCUGUCUGAUUAUCCCCAGACCAUCAGAAAUGCUGGAUUUGGACUAGGUGGUUCCUCUAUUAGAAAUUUGGACAUAAUUUCCUGUGUAGAUCUGCCCUGAUUGGCUGCUCUCUGCACUCAGCAUACCUGUACUGUUGGUCACGCAGUGGUUUCUGUAUGUUUGCUGCAUGAAGCUCAGAGUGUGUCGGAUAAAAAGCAGGUGGCGUCUGUGCAGGUAGAAAAAGCUGGUUCUUUAGUUGACCUGGUCAGUGUAGGAAGAGAGACCUUCACUCCUGAAGAUAGUCAUGAUUUACUAACUUUAUCGUCCCUUCUCCUGGAUUUCUCCUGUCUCUGGUCUCAGCUGUUUUACUUGUUAGUUUUCUGGCAGCAGCAGACUCAUCAGCUGGUAUCUGAGGUGUUUAAUGUCAAACCCUAACCUUGGCAGUGAUUUUAAAUCAGGUCUUGGCUGUUUGGAUAACGACUUAAACUUUAAGUCUAACCUGAUAUUUAACCCAAACUGUCAGCCUCCUUUUCAAAAUAUAAUAACAAAAUCAGCGAUAACUUUAAACCACUUGGAAAUUCAAAAAGUCAAAAAGAUAAAUUUAAAGGCAAUCUAAGAUUAUAAAGAAAUCCAAUAGAUUAGUUCAAAAGAUCAGAACAGGAUAUUAAAAAUACAAAAAAAAUAUUUUUAAAGAGUAAAUACAUGAGGACAAAGUUGAAAUCAGGUUUAAAAGGUCAAAAUAUGACUUCAAUUUAAAAUUGGAAUUUAAAGGAUUAAAUGGCAUAAAUCUAAAUACUGAGUUGAAAAAAUCAAAGCAGAAUCCAAUCCACUUUAUUUCUAAAUCACAUUUUAAAAACAUUCAAGUCUACCAAAGAGCUGCACAGUAAAAGAACAGACAAUGCUGUAAACAUCAAGAUGAAAUAAAUAAAAGCAGGUAAAAAAAACAUUUAAAAUGAAAUAAAAACACAAAAGCAUAAAAGAAAAAGAAAUAAAAGUGGUAAAAGGACAGAGAUCACACAACUGUCAUGCUGAACUAAAAGAAAAGGAAUAAAAUUUAGUUUUAAGACGUUAUUUAAAAGUAGAAAGAGUCGGGAUGUUUUCAUCUUGAAAACAAGAAAGCUUGGUCGCCACAGGUUUUUAAACAAAAUAAAUAGUCAAAUCAUGUUUGACUUUUAAUCUUGAGAUGCAAAAUUGGAAAUACGGAUAAAACACAAUUUUUCCCCACAUUCUUGACUAUUUAUCAAAUCUUCCUUACUCUUUAAUUUCCCAGAUUUUCGUGGUUUAUUAAGGAUAUUUUAAAUAAUGGUGCUAAAGUUUACAUUGUUAUACUGGAGGAAAUCUGCAGACUUCAUACUGGUGGGCCAAUAAUAAUACAAAUAUAAGACGAUCUUGUGGGCCAGAUUUAAUUAUUCCAUCAACCAGAUUUGGCCCCCGGACCUUGAGUUUGACACCUGUGGUGUAGGUGGUGUAACACUGAAAUUUCACAGGCACAAAUUUUAAAGACAAAGACGAUCUCAUCACCAGACUCAUGACUUCCUCAUUCCAGUCGAUUUCAUAACGGAUCAAAAACUCCUCACUGGAGCUUUAAGGAAUGAUGACCUGCUGAUGCAGGAGCGGAGCUAGACCUUUAGGACCGGGGUGGCCAAACUGGUGCACAAAGUAAACAUGCAGGUAUAAAUGAAAAACAAUGACUUCUCCUCUCUUUCUGAUCAUUUCUACUUUAAUUACCUAUGUUUAAUUUUAUGUCAUUUUAAUCGUUUAGAUUUCAAUUCUAAAUUUUAAGUCAUAUUUUGACCAUUCAAACUUGAUUUCAACAUUCUCCUCAUGUUUUUGCUCUUUAAAAGCAUUUUUUUCUAUUUUUAAUAUUGUGUUCUGAUCUUUUGAACUAAUCUAUUGGAAUUUUUUUUUAGAUCUCAAAUUGCCUUUUAAUUUUUGUUUUUAGUUUUUGAAUUUCCAAGUGGUUUUUAAUCAUCGCUGAUUUUGUUAUGUAUAUUUUGAAAAGGAGGCUGACAGUUUGGGUUAAAUGUCAGGUUAGACUUACAUGCAGGUAUAAAUGAAAAACACCAACGUCUCCUCUCUUUCUGAUCAUUUCUACUUUUGCCAGGAGGAGUAUUUAUACGAUUCUGAACCUGCAAAAGAAAACAGAUCAUGAUUUUAUCAAUAUUUGUCCUUCGAAAUGACUCUGAUCUAUUUAAACAGUCUUUAUUUUCCCUUUUCAGUGUCAGAAUUAAGGAGGGUUCAACUCUUGGUUUAAAAACCAUAUUAAGUCACAUGCAGGACAAAACCACCAAAGAGAAAAGAGGUACUUCUUUGUCCACAGGGGGCGCCAAAUCAACACAAACUAAAGUUGUACACAAUUGUUAAUAAUUGAUUUUAACCAAAGUACCUCCUCUGAAGGCCAGAAAGCCAACUGUCCAGGGUUUGGGGGGGCUUGGUAGAUCUUUUAGGGGUGGGGGUCAUAACCACCCCCCCCCAGGAUCCGCCCGUGUCUGCGGUCAGGUGCUCCAGUGUGUCUGUGAAAUCUUUAAAUCCUUCUCUUUCUACAUCUCAGUGUUUAUUCUCUGAGUGGGAGAAACUACAGUACCCAUGAGCCUCAGGAGCUGUUGCUAUGGAGACACCUCCAUGCAGAGCAGUGACAUCACAGUGACAUCACACUCAGACAAACCUCUGACUCCUCAGCUGCUCGGCAACAGAGCCUGCCACAGUCCGAUUGGACGAGCUGGCAGCACGGCAUUCUGGGACUCAUAGUGUGAGUACUCUCAGUGUUCCAGCACCUCCUCUGGUUUAUCACCAGGUGGGUUGGAUCCUGUCUGUGACUCCACCCAUUCUGCUGUGAUGUCACUGUGAUGUCACCAAUCAGCACGCCAAGCAUCAGUCUGAGAGUGGACACACACACACAUACACACACACACAUACACACACACAUUCUCUCAUGCAAGCACGCACACAUACACACACACACACAUACACAACACCCUGGGGUUGAAAGGUUAUUGGUUGCUUCCCUGAAGCUCUCAGCCAAUCAGAUGCAAGGAUUCCGAGUUGGGAUUUCUACAUUGUUGCCAUGCGGAGAAUCUGCAGCAUGACCUACAUUUAUCUCCCUCCUCUCUAUCACGCACACACACACACACACACACACACACCAUCUGAUUCUGCACACAGAAAACACAUGAGAAAGAAGCUGCCCGUGUGCCUAUCAGCUAAAAUCACACACACACACAGCGCUGCGUGUGUGUGUGUGUGUGUGUGUGCGUGUGCUGCAGGACCUGGAUCUUUUCUGGAUGUGGCAAACAGAAACCGUCGGAUCAGAACACCUGCUGCAGCGGCGUCACCUCAUGUUUGACGUUAGACGUUUUAUAUUGAUAAUCAAUCAAUACAAACUCAUUAAAAAUAUUGAUAUAGAUGUUUUUUUAUGAUCAGCUGAUGGGCCUCAGACCAGAGACACUUGAUCCAAACUGACAGCUCUGAGGCUGCAUCCAUGAGUCCCACACGUGGACUUCAUUCUUGAAUCUUCUGCUGAGUUUCCACCAAACUCUAUGGUCCGGUUUGGUUUAGUGGAUCUGAUCUUGCUCACAUUUCCCCAGCAGUCUGAUCCCUGAUCCGGUUCUUCAUGCAGGUUGUUUGUUGACUGCAUGAAGGCCUCAGAACUGCUCGAUUUUUGGGGUGAACCACUGCAACAUGGCACCCAGAGUGAGGGAGAAACUACGAUUUAAUCAAAAUAAUCUGAAUAUUAGAGAGAGCUUCAUCAUCAGACCUGAUGUGUGUGUGUGUGUGUGUGUGUGUGUGUGUGUGUGUGUGUGUGUGUGUGUGUGUGUGUGUGUGUGUGUGUGUGUGUGUGUGUGUGUGUGUGUGUGUGAGUGAGUGUGUGAGUGUGUGUGUGUGUGUCAAAUUUAAUACUGUAACCUCAGGAUGGCCUUCUUAUCCCCCCCUCCCCUGUUUAUGCCUUUUUUUUUUGUUAAUUUGAAUGUUCUUUAUUGACACACUGCGCAGAGACAGACAGACAACAGGAGGGAGCCAAUCAGAGAGCAGGAGGAGGAGCAGACCUCCAAUCAGUCUGCGGAUGAUAAUAACCUCGUAUUGCAUUAUUCAAAAAAAAAAAAAUGUAAGUUUACACACGGUGACAUCUUAAAGAGGCAGUAAUUUAUGAGAAAAUAUAAAGAAAGUGUCCAACAGCUGACUAUGAUGCAGUCCAAACUCCUCCUCCAAACGCCUUAGACAAGGAAAACAGCCAAUCAGAUGAAAAACCUCUGAAUUGAAGGCCAAUUUCAUUUGUCAGAAGGAACCCAGACAAUACAAGAACCCUAAACAUAAAAUGAGCCCAUGAAGACCAAAAUAAAACCAUAAAAUAGGUAAGAAAAAAGAAAUGUAAUAAAAAAGGGGGUAGAAAGCAGAAAAUAGGAUAGUCAAUACAAAAGAGGAUAUUGAUAAUGAUAAUAAAAUUAUAUGUAAAUAAUAAUAAUAGUAAUAUUAAUGAUAAAAUAGAAUACUAAAAAUGAGCAGGAAAAAAGAAUAAACUCAAUAAAGGGCCGAAAAGGUAAAAUAAAAAAAGACUACAAGUAAAACAAAGGCUAAAAGGAUAGCAAGUGGAAAUAAGAUAAAAGAGGUAAAAGAGAAAAGACGACAUCACAUAACAGCAAAUCUGCAAACGUGAGUUUUUAGAUUUGAACUAAAAGAAGCGACUGUCUCUGCUGUACGCCUUAUCUCCUCCGGCAGAUCAUUCCAAAGUUGAGGAGCGCUGAUGGAAAAAGAUCUAUCACCUUUAAUUUUGAGUCUCGACUUUGGAACGGCAAGGAGGCCUUCGCUAGAGGAUCUGAGGCUGAGAGUUGGCUCAUGGUAAAAGUCCUUUGAGUGCUUUAAACUCAGGAGUAAUGUGAUGCUGUUGACUAAAACCAGUUAAAAGCCGAGUUGCUGCGUUCUGAACUAGUUCGAGGCGGGAGAGUGAUUUCUUAUUUAGACCAGGGAGGAGGUUAAAUUACCAAGUGAGUAAAGUAAAUUAUUUUUGCAGUUAGUAAAUUACUUACUGCCAAAAUAAAAAGAUGCGAAUAAAAAAGGCAGAAAGAAAGUGACCUGAUGGGGAACUAUAAUGAAAAAAAGGCGAGGGGUCAGCGUACUUAUUUUUAUGAGUAAAGCUUCUAAACUUGAUUGUCCUCUCGUAGGUGGUCUUUUGUGGCGUAGUGGGUUUCCUGUGUUAGCCAAAGCUCACACUACACUGCCUUUUUUUUUCAAUCAAUCAAUCAAACUUUAUUUAUAAAGCACUUUUCCAACAGGAAUAUGACUCAAAGUUAAAAACAAAAACAAAACACUAUCCCAGAUGCCCCCUCAGUUUUGUCCUGGUUAAGCGCGAGAAAGUUCUCUGCCAUCCAGGAUUUGAUAUCUAAAAUGCAGUCAAAAAGAGCAUCCAUUGGCCUGGUGUCAUCAGGAGACACAGAGAUGUAGAGCUGCGUAUCAUCAGCAUAGCUGUGGAAGUUGAUUCCAUGUCUUUUAUUUGCACCAGUGGAGGUUCUCGGCCACCGUAGAAUUGUGUAUCAGCUUUAUUGUAAAUAAAAACUUGUUAAGUUUAAUUAAAACAGAAUAGGCUAAAAAAGAGAGCAUAAAUCAGCAGUCAAAUUUAGAGAUCAACAAAAACCUCUGAGCGAAACACAGAGGCCCUCAUUUAUCAAGCUUGUUCAGAUCUGAGCGCAGGAUUCAUGGUACGAUAGGACACGAUUAAGAUUUAUGAAAGGGUUUGUAUCUUAUCAAUCCCAGCGUAUGUAUGAUCGGGUCUUGAUAAAUGCGUCGGCUGAAAUCGAUUGUCAUUAACAUGUUCACGCUCUUAAAUAUUUGUGGUUCAGAAGCCCCGCCCACUGAGGUCAAACAUGAAAGAGGAGAAAUAUUAGAAAGAUGUGAAACCUUUUCCGAGCUGAAAGUGGAUAUCCUCACAUCUGUGGUGAAAACUAACAAGGAUUUUCUCUUUGGAAGCAUCAAAACUGGUAUAAAAGCAGUCCAGGAAACUCCUGUCUGGAGCAGGAUUAUGGUGGAGGUGAACAGCACUGCCGCGGAAUAGCGGACAGUGGCUGAAGUUUGAAUAAAUCAUCGGUCAAUAAGUUGCUCAUGAUGAUAAAUUAACAUCUCAUACAUGCCUCAUAUUUUUUUUAUCGCCAUGACAUAGGGUACGUUGCUCCUAUUAUUGAAAGUAUUUAGUUUUAAUUUGUUGUGUCUUUGUAAUGUAGAGCAGACUGGAGAGUCUGACAGAGGCUGAACAAAAAUAAUUAUUAAUGUCACCAAACGGUGUGUUGCUGCUCCUGAGGCACAUUUUUAUGGAUUUUUAUCACUGAUUAAAUAGCAAGAGCACUUUCUAAACUUAUAUUUCACAUGUCAGAAUCCAUCGAUAAGGUCCUGUCUCCUCUGUACAGCACCUUUGUGGUUGGUUUCUACUGUCUGAUAUUGUAGCACGCUAACUUUGUUUGGGCUCGUAUUGGACACAGGGUAGCAGCGUCUGCCUCACAAUCAAUCAGGUUAGAGGAGGUGGAGAACGGCUUUGUUUACAGUCAGAAAGAGCGGGCAGCUCAAAAAAAUUUAAAAUUUUGACUAUACAGACAUAACAAAACACAGGGAUAUCGAUAUAUUCCCAAAUGUCAUCAAUAAAUAAUAACUAUUGACUGAUAUUAAAAGAUUUUUGUAAAUAAACCACAAAAAAAGGUGCUUCUUUAACGGAUUCCUGCCUUCCCCACCUUUAACUACAUUUCCCAUAAACUACCUGUCCCCCAUGAAUCACUACAUGGACUUAAAAAAAAAAAAAAAAAGAAACAAAUUCCAUGAACCUAUUUUCUCAGUCCACUAAAGAUCCAUCCUGAAAACUACAAGUCCCAUAAAAACCCUGACAAUCAUUAAAUCCGUUUUUCUUUCUUACAAGACUCGAUUAUGAGACCUCAUGUUUUUGGGACCUGGAGUUUAUGGGGUGAGACGGGUGUUGUGUCGUUCAUGAGCGUUUCGUUCAAAAGAACUGCUGAGUGAACAAAGUGAACUGAACCACUCUGAGACCUGAUUUGUUCCUUUCUCAGUUCAGCUAAGCUCAGCCGCGAGCCUGGCGUGCUGGUCGGGAGUGGAACUGCUGCCUUUGACUCUUUGGCAAACGACACACAGCAAACCAGUGAGCGAGCGGGAAGAGUCUCGUGAUUUGCUCACAGCGAAUAGACGAUAUGUAUCAGUCAGAGUGUGAACGAAACAAACGACUUUCGAACGACUUGACUGAGGCUAAGAUAAAACAGGUCAUUAUAGCGCCUUUACAUUAAUACACGUGUAUAAACUUUCCUGUGAGAAGGAUUUAAUAUCAGCCGACUUAAAGAAAUACACUAUUUGAUGGAUGUAAAAGUAUCAGAAUCCCCGCUACAGCUGCCAUGUUUAGUUAUUUUCAAUCUCUCCACUCACCGCUGUGUCACUCACUGGUGUACUGCACCGACAGGACGGCGCUCUGAUGCACUGACUGAUUCAGUGAACGAAUCUUUUGAACAAAUCAUUUUAAUGAAAGGACUCUAAAGAUUCAGUCAAAAGAACUGAUCUUCACAUCACUAGGUGAGACUUUUAGUUCAGAUAUGUUGUUUAUACACUUGAAGAUUAUGAGAGCUGUUGUUCAUGGGACUUGUAGUUUAUGAAAUCAUACCAUCGUAUCAUUUAACGCGUACAUUUGGUCACCAGAACCACCAAUCACAGAUCUCCAUGUUCUCAGGGCCGCUGACCUGGAGGAGACUUCAGUGUUUUCUGUCCAUACAGGUGAGCACACCUGAUUUUCCUUAUAUGGGACCUUUAAAGAAUCACAGAAUGGUGGCGCUGUUUCCCCUCUGAGUUCUUCACCACGUUUCACAGCUCCGGUUUUACAGACCGCUCCUCUCCCCCACUCUCUGGGGCCUGUUCUACGAAGCAAGUCUUGCUAGCCAGCGGUCUUGCUAAACGGUCUUACGACGCUGGUUAUCAACCUCAUAAGUGGAUCCAGCUUUGCUAUGAGCGCGUGCACGCAUGUAAGGUGGAGCCCGCCGCAUCUGACCAAUCGUGAACAUGGACCAGUCUGGAGCGUCAGAGCCGGAAGGAGAGCGAAAGACUGUGUACUUUACAAACGAGGAGCAGGAGACGAUCAUGAGAAAGUAUGAAGAAUUCAAAUCUAUCAUAAACCUCAAAAGCAACACCGUCGCCGCUGCAAAAGUACGGAGGGAAUGCUGGCAGAAAAUUGCAGACAGUCUCAAUGCAUAAAUAUAGUGCGCAAAAAAUCUUUGAUGCCAUUAUCACCCUGAAAUAGCACUGUUCAACAUGCGCUUUUAACAUGCACCAAACAUGUCUGAUUCAUUUCCAAGAUGAAUUCAUUCAUCUGUUCAUUCCUAUCGUGUUCACAUUUUUUGUGUGAUAUGUCUGCCAUAUGAGCCUUUCAUGAAGGUGGUCAUCCGGAAAAGUAAGUGGGUCUGUUUGGUCCCGGGAAAAUCUUGCGCGCCGGAGUGCUCCUGGGACAAUGCGAGGUCUAAAGGAUCCCCCAAGAAUGGACAAGCCAUUUUUUGAGAGAGCUCAUUGGUCAGUGGGCGGGGUUUUUAUACUCUGUGAGUUCAAUCUGGAACCCAACCUGCCCCGGAGCAGGUUAGCCGUUCAGCAUACGUUGCCAUGGAGACUCGCCUCGCUAAGAAGUGAACCCGCGUCGUAGAACAGGAAUCCCAGAACUUACCCUCAAAGUUACCUCACUAAGCAGUCAUCCUGCUUCGUAGAACAGGCCCCUGGUGUCUUUACCCAAAGUUCCCUGCUGAUGUGACAACAGGAGGGUGUGAAUGACAAUAAAGUGUGUGUGUGGGUGUGUGUUGGGGGGGCUUUGUUGUGCUAACAUUGGGGUGUAAGGAGUUAGAUUUAAGAUGAUGCUGUAUGUCAGUGGUUCUCAAACUUUUUUUGUCAUUCCCCCCUACCCCAACAAAAUUACGACAAAAUAGGCCAUGUAUAACUUUAUUGACAUAACAUUCCAUCUGCUGUGUUUCUCAAAACUAGAAAACAAACGUGCAUUCAUGUUGCAAGAACAAUAAUAAUCAAACAAUAUCAAGUUGAGUAAGUACAAAAAAUCCUGUGAAUCCAAGAGCAAGAUAGCAAGAUAGCUUCAUAUUUCCUUGACUUGGCUUUUUGUUGGUUUGGCCUACCGUCAUCUAGGCAUGCUGUAUUGCUGGCUUCAGCUUUUCUUUUCAUCCCUGUCAAAUAUCUCUCCAUUCUGUACUUCUAUAUACAAUUUAUUAUUAUGAUCUGAACACAGUUGCUGGUUGUUACGGUGAUAGGUGAAAGCGCGGGUUGUCCGCCGCUAAAAAAAUUCUGACGUCCAAACAUUGGUUCUGCAGCACGGACUCUGCACAACGCGAAACGGAGCAGCUUCAGCUCCUCUCAGAGCUCUCCACAGCGAGAGGAGCGGAGCAGCUGCUGGCAUAGCAUGGUGUAGCACCGUUAUCACACCACUAACUGCGCCACUGGACCAGUUCUAGGCUGUAAGGAGUGGGGAGCAAGAGUAAUAACACCAGAGACCGUUGCUUUAAGUAGAAAAGGCCGGUAAUUUACUGAAUACAAACACACAUAUAAAACACAGUAUAUGAAACCAAAAAUACCCUGCAGGUUUUCAAUGAUGAGGUAAGUAUAAAUGAGAGGAAAAAAAAAAUAUGUCACUCUUCCUUUUUGUUCUUUAGUUCACCUAGUUUAUUUUAGUAAAGCUAAUCUAAUUGAAUUAGACCAGUACCUAUUUUAGGAUUUUUUCUUACUAAGUUAACUCUUCUUUCCUUCUUUUACAAGUAAGAAAACACCUUAACCACAAAUAAAUCAAGGUGGACCACAGUUAUUCAAAUCACAUUCAAAAACAUAAACUCAAUAAAAAUAAAAGUAUGACACUUUAAACUUAAGUUCAAGUCCAAAUGUGAAUUCAAGUGUUCAGUUCGCUUCAGUCCAAAAAUAAUAAUUCAAUCAGUUCUCAGUUCAAACUAGUUCCUGGUACUCCUACCACACGCAGGAGAUAUCCUCACGAUGCGAUGAAAAUAUGAGUUCAAGGUCUGGGUCUGGCUCGCCAUCUUGAAUCCCGUCUGUGAAUGUGCAUGCCUGCACAUGGCAGACCAAUCCUCGCUGCGACCGAGCUUCCAACCGUGCAAAAAACCUGACCUGUGUAACAGGCCAUAAACACAAUAAAACUCUUUUUAAAUCCUCAAAUUACAAAAUUAAAUGCUUCACAGUCUCCGAGUUGUAACGUUACUGCUACGGUGUUUUUCAACUCAAAAUGGCAGCGGAGCGGUCUCUUAUCUCACGGCUCCGUCUCCCGUACUAAUUACUGCACAAAUCUUCUAUUUACACAGCUUACACACGCUCUUCUAACAUUAACAGUCUUCAUAAACCCAAAAUAUUAACUGGAUAACAGUUUAUGAUGGAGUAUUUCUUUGUAAACAGUUACGUUUUUAGUGUUAGCUUUCCGCCAGAGAAAAAAAGUACAACACGGUGAAAAUGCAUGAAAAUAAACACAAAACUCACCAAAACCGAUGUGGCUUAGUUCUCAUAAAAUCCCUGUCAGUUCCCGACCAAGUAAGUUAUGGUUUUCAACUGUUUAAUCGACUUUUUCACUGCUUUUUCUGUUAAUUAGUGAUGUGUCCUUCAGUGCCGAGGCUUCGAAGCGUGUGUCGAGUAAUGAAGGGGGCGUUUCCGCGAAGCGCGUAUCGAGGCUUGCUUCGUGUAGGGGUGGAGCCAAAAAUGAUGACGUCCGAAGCCUCGCUACACGGCUGUACCACGUGACUGAUUCAAGAAACGGUUCACGGGUUUGGCGGAUGAUUUAACAGGCAGCGAAACGCAAUGGAGUCCUGCCCCACUCACAAUCCAUAGACUGGAGACUUGUUGAAAAGUUGUUUUUAAAUAUAAAUAAAUAAAUAUAAAUGAAAUGUUUAUGUUUUAUUUGUUGUCCCCGUGACGAAAGUACGAACAACAAACUAAGUAACAGUAGCACAUCCACACCACAACCCUCUCGAUAAUUUAUGUCCUCUUCCCCUUUUUGACACUGGAACUGUGUCUUAAAGACAAACACCAUAUUAAUAACUUCAUCAUUUCUCUAUGUUAUCACAAACACACGGCAUCACAUCCAUUCAUUCAUUGAAUUCAAAGCUUCACGCACCAAAGCCUCGGGGUGUCUUUGGUUUAUCACUCUGCCUGUUUUACAUUUAUUGUCCACUUGAUGGCGCAAUAGAGCAAAUGAAGCACGAUCAUGAAGCUUCGGCCCAGGAGUCGAGUAAUUGGAUGGAAAGCUUCGAUGCUUCAUGAGGCUUCAUCUCGCCAUCACUACUGUUAAUGAAUCACUGCUCGUCUUCUCCGGUUCCUCCUCUGCUCUCUCCCUCAGGUCUCUUGCUGCAGCGUCACUGAGGUGCUGCGUCUGUGUCGCUGGUCCCUUUAAGGGGUAGCGACAUCUUUUUCUGUCAGCAGACUUUUAAUUUUUAAUUAUCGCUGAUGAUUAAUUGACAUUGAAUUAGUCACUUUUAACUUUCAAACUUAUAAAUGCAGCUUUUAUUCAAGUAUUUAUUCUUAUUUAUGUCAUAUUUUAAUAUGGGUUACAUCGGCGUUGGUGGUUAUCUCUGCCCUGGUUUCUGAGCUAGUUCCCACCAUGAAUUAGCACAGCAGAAAGCGUUUUUGUACGCUUUCAGGAGGACAUUGUACAGGAGGGGAUAGCAGCAUACUUAACAGGUGUUAUGCCGUAGAAUGCACCCCCUGCAUCCCCUCCACUUGUUAGCUUCUUAAAGUGGAAGAAAAUGAUCUCAUAUUUAAAAAAAUACGACAAUUUGAUCGUGACAACUUUCGUUCUGUUUUAAUAUGUCUCAAAAAUGCACAUACAGAGGUGUGCUUGGGUAUAUAAACUGUACAGUAAGCUGUCAAGCUAGCGAACAUUAUAUUUUCAGGAUAGCAAAUAUUCCGAAUCAGAGGGCUAUUUUUUCGGCUUAUCUGAAUAGCCUGAAUGGAAUUAUUAAAGGCAGACGCUUUUGAAUUCAUCCAAUGGUAAGGAAAAGUUGAAUUAUUUUCGCCUUGUUAAGUACUUUCAACCGCGCUCCUGUCAGGGGGGCAUUUUACGGCAGAGGUGCAUUCUACGGCACAACACCGACAAGUAUCUCGCCUUGAGCGUCCACCACAACAAACGCUGCUUCUACGCGGUAAAAUAAAGAAACAGGGUUUAGGGCGCUGGACUCCUCCUACUGAUGUGGCGAGUUUAGUAUGGCGCAUGCGUGACGAGCGCAGUGCCUGCACAGGAGGUGCCGCGCUAUCGCGGGUGCACACCAACCUAUUUGUAGCCGGGUGACUCGCGCCCCCCCAGGGAUGGCUCCGCGCCCCCCUAGGGGGGCGGGCCACACACUUUGAGAAACGCUGCUGUAUGUGAUCCAUAGACUGUAUAUAGAAUGGACAGAGUCUGCCUCCUCGAUGGGUGAAGCCACUCUGAGAACAGCACCCUCUGUUGAUGGGCUGCAGUAUAGGUCAUAAAUCCUGCCUCUGCCAGCAAAGCUCAUGGAGCUGUGGACAAACUUUAAAAAUUUAUUACACAGAACAUAAAUUUUUCUCCUCCCUGCUUGUGAUGUUGAAAUGUAGUUAUUGUAAGACUGGUUUGUGCUCAAGUCCUCUUUUUUCUGUGAAGCUCCGUUUUUAAAAGUUAUUAGGGGGUUCGCGUUUGCUAUGAUUGACACCUGAUACAGUCUAUGGGCGUUCAGGGAUUGUGUAGCUCUCCCUGGGGACACGCUGUUUGAGCCGAGCGUCAUCACAGCGAUUCUCUGCGACUGCGCGGCCGAAUGUGCACAUCACUACUGCGCAGCGCUGGUUUCAGGAAAUGAAGAAAAAUCCUGGAAAUACAGAGAGCUUUUCGGCUUCAAAUCCGUAUACAGGCGGGAGGCUGAACCAAGUUGUCUAUAGUAUAUACAGUCUAUGAUGUGAACACACAGGAUGAGGUUUCUUUCAAAAUAAGAGCCCUAAAGGUGAUGAAACGAGACAGUUUGACAUGUUUCCUCAGAGCGGUGUGGGUUAAAUAUUAGAGUGAUGCCCAAAUGAUUAAAAAAACCCCACAAAGAUUAAAUUCCUGACUGCAAAUACAAAUGUGUGUAUGGUGGCUCUGAAGGCAAAAUGCACUUGAAAUUUUAUAACAACAAAAUAGUCAUGAGUGCAAAAAGUCUGUGAUAUAAAACAAAAAUGAUUUGGACCAAAACUGUAAACAUAAAAACAUUUCACACACAACCAUUUCACAUACAAAUUUUUAUGAUACAAAUAUAUUUUUUGUCAGAUUAAAAAAAAUUAGUGUACCCCAAACACAUUUCACAAAGUAAAAGAGAAACAAGCAGAAAAUUAUCAAAAUAAUUCUUUAAACAAAAAAACAAACAUGUCAGUUCACAGAAAAAUACCUUGUUCAGCACAAACUGAAAACAUGACAGAAAAAUGUCACUGUAAGAGUUACACAUAGGAAAAUAUUCUUGCCUUUCAUUUAAUUUAAUUUUUUUAGAUAUUUCUAUAUCGUAGAACAAAUAAAUUUGUGUCUCAUGAGAGUUUUUGUUCCAUAUCAUAACUUUAAUUUUUUUUAAUUAAAUUGUUGUGACAUACAUUUUUUGUGAGGAGCCAUGUAGGUAUUAAAAAGAUCUUAUUUUGACAUGAGGGCCCUUUUGGUUUUAUUGUGAAGAUGUAGAGCGGAAGUGAGUCAUAUGGCUUUAGGUGGUUUGACUGCAGACUGAGCGGAGAGAUACGAGAGGAGAUCAGAGCGAUUUUUUUUCUCUUUUUCAUCUCUUUUCAUCUGACCUUAACACCUGACCUGCCUUUAUUCCGGAUUUAAUCUGUUUUUAAUCCGGUUUGAAUCGGGAUGGUUCUGUUUCUGGUGUGGAUUAUUCCGAUGUGACUCCUCCUGAGCUCUGUGGAUGUUUGCGUGGAGUCUGGAGGUCUGACCAGCUGCUGAGAUGGUCUGAGGUAUUUCAAUGUUUCACUCUCGAUCAGUCAAACCGAGUCAAACUGGUUUAUAGUUCAGGUGUGUAAAGGUGAGGGUGAAGCUGUAGACUGUGUGCAGGUGUGUUACCUGUGUGACAUCAUCAUGUUGGAGCUGUUUGUGGUUCUGAAGGAGGAGCAUUUGAACUCGAUCAAGUUUGUCAUUUAUAUAAUAAAAUACAAAACACUAAUAAAAUAUGAGUGAGGUUAAUAAUUUAAAUUAAACUUUAAUAAUAACAAUAAUUAUUAAAAAAACAUCAGUUUUCCUCUCAUAUUUUCACUGUGAGCUCAGAGUGUGAUGGAGCGACUUAAGUGUGUGUGUGUGUGUGUGUGUGUGUGUGUGUUGGGAGGGGUCAAAGUCUCAGAAACACGUGUUGUUGUUGUUGUCCUGUUGUUGUUGUUGUCCCGUUGUUGUUGUUGUCCCGUUGUUGUUGUUGUCCUGUUGUUGUUGUUGUCCCGUUGUUGUUGUUGUUGUUGUCCUUUUGUUGUUGUUGUCCUGUUGUUGUUGUGGUCUCGUUGUUGUUGUUGUCCUGUUGUUGUUGUUGUUGUUGUUGUCCUGGGGCCUAGUCUACUAAGCGGAUGACUGCUUAGCGAGGUAACUUCGAGGGUAAGUUCGGGGUUUCCUGUUCUACGAUGCGGGUUCACUUCUUAGUGAUGGGAGUCUCCAUGGCAACGUAUGCUGAACGGCUAACCUGCUGCGGGGCAGGUUAGGUUCCAGAUUGAACUCACCGAGUAUAAAAACCCCGCCCACUGACCAAUGAGCUGUCACGAAAAAUGGCUUGUCCGUUCUUGGAGGAUCCUAUACACCUCGGUGCUCGCAUUGUCCAAGGAGCAUUCCGGCGCGCAAGAUUUUCCUGGGACCGCACGGACCCAGUUACUUUUCCGGAUGACCACUUUUAUCAAAAGCUCAUAUGACCUACAUAUCACACAAAAAAUGUAAACAGGAAUGAACAAAUGAAUGAAUUCAUCCUGGAAAUGAAUUAGACAUGUCUGGUGCAUGUUAAAAGUGCAUGUUGAACAGUGCUAUUUCAGGGUGAUAAUGGCAUCAAAGAUUUUUUGCGCACCAUACUUACGCAUUGAGACUGUCGGCAAUUUUCUGCCAGCAUUCCCUCCGUGCUUUUGCAGCAGCGACGGUGUUGCUUUUGAGGUUUAUGAUAGAUUUGAAUUCUUCAUACUUUCUCAUGAUCGUCUCCUGCUCCUCGUUUGUAAAGUACACAGUCUUUAGCUCUCCGGCCUGCUCUGACGCUCCAGACUGGUCCAUGUUCAUGAUUGGUCAGCUGCGGCGGGCUCCACUUACGAGGUUGAUAACCAGCGUUGUAAGACCAUAGACCGUAUAUAAGAUGGACAGAGUCUGCCUCCUCGCUGGGUGAAGCCACUCCGAGAACAGCACCCUCUGAUGGUGGGCUGCAGUACAGGUCAUAAAUCCCGCCUCCGCCAGCAAAGCUUAUGGGACUGUGGACAAACUUUAAAAAUUUAUUACACAGAACAUAAAUUUUUCUCCUCCCUGCUUCUGAUGUUGACAUGUAGUUAUUGUCAGACUAGUUUGUGCCCAAGUCCUUUUUUUUUCUGUACAGCUCCGUUUUUAAAAGUUAUUAGGGGGUUCAUGUUUUCUAUGAUUGACACCUGGUACAGCCAAUGGGCGUUCAGGGAUUGCGUAGCUCUUCCGGGGGAAUACGCUGUUUGAGCCGAGCGUCAUCACAGGGACUCUCGGCAACUGCACGGCCGAAUGCGCGCAUCGCUACUGCGCAGCGCUGGUUUCAAGGAAGUGGAGAAAAACCCGGAAUUACCGAGAGCUUUUUGGCUUCAAAUCAAUAUACAGGUGGAAGGCGGAACCACGGUGUCCAUCUUAUAUACAGUCUAUGUACAGUAUAAGACUGUUAAGCGAGACCGCUGGCUACCGCGCUAAGUUGAACGAGGUAGCUCCAAGGCUACUUUGCUAGGUUGAACUUGCUUCGUAGAAUAGGCCCCUGGAGGUGAGAAAAGGAAACAAGGUAAGGAAGCAAGGAGGCUUCAGCCAGUGGAAGGGAGAGGUUGAAAAACUUUUUUAAAAAAGGAGCUGACACACACACACACACACACACACACACUAACUAUUGAAUAUUUAAACUCAGUAUUUGCAUCUCUUUGUCUGCAGCUGCAUCGUUUUAUUCCCCACUGAGAGUGUGUGUGUGUGUGUGUGUGUGUGUGUGUGUGUGUGUGUGUGUGUGUGUGUGUGUGUGUGUGUGUGUGUGUGUGUGUGUGUGUGUGAUCUUCUGCAAGGUGGACUUACCCCUCUGGUUACCAUGGCAACGGUGUAAGGUUAAAGCCAGGACUAAGGCCGAGCAGGACGGUCUGUUCACACCUGGGUGGAUGGGGGUUAACACCCCUCCCCCCAACACACAGCGCACAAGGCCACACGCACUCACGUUCCUGUUAGUGAGUGUGUGUGAGUGUGUUCACUGCCAGCUGCAGCUUUGCAGACAUGAAUACACACUUUUUAUUGCUGUCGUUCCACAAAUGGUAGGAAUGAGGGUCUUAUCUUCAGUUCAUGAACGCACACACAGAUAAAGAUGAAGCUGAUUAGCUGAUGGAGGUCAGGGUCUGAUCCUCAGUCUGCAGGUCUGAACAUGAGUUAGGAGGAAUGUGGAGGUGGAGGGGGAGAAGGAGUAGGUGGAGGCCAUUUGUGUGAACAUUUGGUGGACACCACAUUGUUUUUGUGUGCAUGCGUGCUUGCGUGUGUGUUUGGACCACACUCCAGCCUCUGAAGCCACAUUCAUACUGGGGUUGGAUCUGUUUCAGCAUCAGUCCAUGUCAGUCUAACUCCUCCCUUUAGAUCUCCAUGAGCUGCGCCUCCUCACAGGGUUCACAACCGACAACUACACAAAAAUACAACACAUCUAAAGGUGGGGUAGUCAGGAUCUGAGGAGGUUCCAGUUUUUAGGAGUCUUGAAUGUAAACUCUACCCCGCCCCCAACCAAUUUUCCCCUCAGCUCCUCCUCUCCCCUCCCUCUCUGCUCCAGCAAGCCCCGCCCACAAACAGACGCUCCUGCUCGCUCGUAUCGUUUCAAUUAAAUUCAGAUAUAAUGCGAUAAAUACUUCAGAUCAUUACAAAUGGGGCCCAGUCAACAUGAAAGUAAAAAGCAUUGGUGCUACUGAAGAUGCCAACAGACUACCAGCAAACACAAUGUUUGCAGGACUUCUACAACUAGGAUAAAGUGACAUAGUCCAGGACCAGAGAUCAACAGUUUUGCGGUGCUACAACACACAGCAGGUCCCACUUGACAAAAAGCACUUCUGUUACAGACACUUGUCUUACUUUGUUAAAGAGAUUUACCUGUCCAGCAGAAAGGUUACCCCCAAUUUCCACUGUAUCCUGAAUGUCUAAGACAAGGUUGUAUCCUCUGAUUGUCGCUGAUCAUAACCAUUCAAGUUAACGUGUCAAUUUCCACCGACUUCUUUCAGUUCCUCUGCGGAUCGCCGGACUCCAAAGCUGAUUGCAAGAGUUCUUUUAUUUUCCGGACACCAGAGCAUGCCGGAUAAAUUCAGCACAGAUUAACCCGUGCUGGAAAGGAAGUCGGGCACAGACACAAAAUAAAACAUCCGGCUUCUUUUCAAAAUAAAACACUCCGUGAUUCAGGAGGAUCGUAUUUUACACCAUGCAAACGGGCGGAGAAGAACAAGUGAAAGGUUUUUAGACGUCAUUUCAUCUUGAGAAGAUGCUGAUUCUAGAAGUCUAGAAUUAGAUUUCCUCCUCUGGGAGGACACAAUCUACUGCGAUCUAUAUGUCAAUGUGGCUGUCUUUAUAGAGACAACUCAUUAUCGCGUGAUUGUACAUGAAUCCUUGGGGUCUUUUGAAUUCUCAUGAUUCCUGCUGUCAGUCAUCCACCAUGAAAUUCGCCUCACAAACAGAUCCGGUAGGAAUUGGCGUGCAGUGAAAAUCCCUGCGCUUCCAGAUGUGGUAAAAAUCCCAGGUUACAGGGUCACGAAGAUCCUGAAGUGUCCCCCAUCAUUUAUGUUGACCUGGCUUUUUAGCUCUUGUCCGCUCUACCUCCGUUUUAAGCGCCGGUUAUUCCGCCCAAGUCUCCGGUAUUUACUUAGUUUUCUUGCUUGUGUCGGCAGUCGUGGCCAAAGGAGGAUUCAGACAAUUUUCCGAACUUUCUGGUUGGUUUCUACUGUCCGAUAUUGUAGCACGCUCUUAGAAGAAUUUCCUUUAGCUGCUUCCAUCAGCCUUUAGGGCGGUGGAGCCAUGUAACUCAGAUAUCAUGGGAUGCGUUGGUGUUGGAUUCCUGGAGCCAGGGGCUUCAGACAACCAUCCUCAACAAAAAACCUUGUACACACUUUUGACAUCACUCAGGUUCCCCAAAUAUGUUAUGCUAUGGUAUUCCCUGAUAUGGGCUCUCCAUAUGUUCAACUAAGACUCCUUAAAAUAUGUUUUCCUUUGUUCUUACCCUACAUCGACUCUCCUUCAGGUCAACUAGAUGCCAGCAGAAUGCUUGGAAACGUGGACGACUAUAUAUACUUGAACAGUCUCAGACCAGUCUUUGUUACACUUGUAGAAAUGAUGAAGCUGUAACCCAGAUCUGCAACCAGUAAAGCUUGUCAAACCGACCAUUCGUGUGGACCUUCCAUUCUUUUAAGUGUGAACAUGGGCUAGGUAUCCUUACGCAGGCUAACUUUGUUUGGGCUCGUGAACGACAAGGGGGAGCAGCGUCUGCCUCACAACCAAUCAGGUCGGGGAGAAAGAGAACGGCUUUGUUUACAGUCAGAAAGAGCGGGCCACUCAAAAAUGUUAAAAUGUUGAUUACACAGAUAUAAGAGAACACAGAGAUAUCGUUAUAUUCCCAAAUAUCAUCAAUAACUAAUAAGUACUGACUGAUAUUAAAAGCUUUUUUGUAAAUACACCACAAAAAAAGAUGCUUCUUUAAUGGAUUCCUGCCUAACCCACCUUUAAUGUACAUGACUCAGCUACCAGGUGCCCUGUUCAGACCUGGUUUGAUCAUGUGGUUCAGUCAUGUGAUCACAGGUGUGUCCACAUACAGAGCUGUUCUGGGACAUAUUUGUCCAUGUGGUCGUAGCAGUGUUGAUGCUCAUGUGUUUUCUGGGCAGUGAUAAGGACCGCCCUCUCCCCACGACCUGGAGUAACAGCCCACAUUCCCUUGAAUACGUCUGAUUAUAUGUUCCCCCGCUCCUCCUUCCUGUUUCUGUUCUGUUACUGAGAACAGUUUUACAUCAGCCCUCAUCCUUACGACAAGCUCUCUCUGGUUUCCUGGUUUUCAUCCCUCAUUUCCUGCUUCCUGUUUCCUCUUGGGCCGCACUUCCUGUUCUCAGGGUCGUACAGUCAGAGGCCACCGUCACAGAGCGGUGGUCAAAGGUCGCCAGUCUGCAGCGGGGCUCGGUUAUGUAACUGUUUUUGUUAAUAUUUUGGGUAAAUGUUGUCUCCUCCAGCCAGCGGGAGGCACUGUACCAGCUGACUCCCUGCAGCCAAUCACAGAGCAGCAUUUGGCCUCCGUGUGUUGUGUUUACAGACGCAGAUAAUGUCAUGUCUACAGAUAACACUCUGUUAUGUAUACAGAUAAAGGUGUGUGUGAGUGUGAUCCCUUGGAUGGGUCUUACAUCGUAUUUAAUUUUUCUUGAACCAUCACUCAGAACAAUGUCUUUGCCCAACAGCGCCACCACCUGGAUGCAUAAAAACAAUCAUACAUAUACAGUAUAUAGAUAUAUUUGUCAUAAAUAAUUGGUAUUCAAUUUGUCCGUCUCUUCUUCUCUCCAGGUGACUGACUGAGGACUGGUUAACCCCCCCGUAGGCCGACCCAGGAACUGCGUCUCCGGCUCACUGCUGUCAACAGGAAGCUGAAGCUAACUGCAAACCGUGGUCGCUGCGGGCCGCUGGUUGGUGUUUAGGUGUUGGAUGGCCAAAGGAGUGAACUACUGGAGCUCUUAUGAACCCAGUUACAAGGUGAGAAGCUAAUUGGUCUGUUGGUUCAUGGUUGGUUUGGUUAGAAGGUCGGUAGAUUAGUUAGUUGAUUGGUUAUUGGAUCAUUGAUUAGUGUGUUUAUUGGUCAGAUGGUUGUUCGUUGGUUUGGGUGGUGAGCUGAGCUUGUUAUGCUGAUUCGUUAAUUGGUAAAUCGAUUAUUGGUUUGGUUUGUCUGGCUGUUACUUGUUUACUGAUACGUUUGCAUGGCUUGCAGACUGGUUGUUUUAUUGAUUAGUGAAUUGAUUGGUUAUUUUGCUAAUAAGUUAGUUGGUAAUCUCCUUAGUUGGUUUUUCGGUUGUUUAUUAAUUGGUUGGUUUGUUGGUUGAUUACUCGGUAAUAAAGUUAAUUGAUGGGUUUGUUGGUUGGUUAGUCAGUGAGAUUGUUCAUUGAUUGGUUGGUGAACUGGAUGGUUGUUUGGUUAGUUAGCUUGUUAGUUUGUUAGACUGGUCAGGUUGUUUGUUGGUUGUUGUGUUGAUGUUUUUUAGACUGGUUUAUGGAUUAACUUUUCAGUUUGACUAAUUGGUUCAUGGUCUGUCGGUUCAUGGUUGGCUUGGUUAGAAGGUCAGUAGAUCAGUUAGUUGAUUGGUCAUUGGUUCAAUGAUUAGUGUGUUUAUUGGUUAGUAUGUUAGACGGUUAGCCGAGCUUGUUAUGUUGAUUCGUUAAUUGGUAAAUUGAUUAUUGGUUUGGUUUGUCUGGCUGUUACUUGUUUACUGAUAAGGUUGCAUGGCUUGCAGACUGGUUGUUUUGUUGAUUAUUGAUUGGUUGUUUUGCUGGUUGGUUAAACUUGUUGGUUUGUUGAUUGAUAAGUUAGUUGGUAAUCUUCUUGGUUGGUUUGUCCAGUUGUUUAUUGAUUGGUUGGUUUGUUGGUUGAUUACUUAGUUAGUAAUAAAGUUGAUUGAUAAGUUAAUUUGUGGGUUUGUUGGUCGGUUAGUCAGUGAGGUUGUUCAUUGAUUGGUUGGUGAACAGUUUUGUAUAUUCAUUAGUUGUUUGGUUAGUUAACUUGUUAGUUUGUUAGACCUGUCAGGUUAUCUGGUUGUUGUGUUGAUGUUUUUUGAGACUGGUUUAUGGGUUAACUUACCAGUUUGACUUCUUAUUGGUUGGUUUGUAGGUUAAUUGGUUGGUUUGAUAAUUGACUUGGUUGUUAGUUGGUUUAUAGGUUGAUCUAGUUUUUGGCUGCUUGAUGAAUUUCUUUGAUGGUUGGUUGGGAGUUUAACGUUGUUAGGUAGUUGUUUUAUUUGUAUGUUUGGCAGUUUGUGGAUUAAGUGGUUAGUUAGUUGAUUAUUUAGUUAGUUAGUUAGUGGGUUGGUUGACUAAUUAAUUGGGCUGUUGGCUGAUUUCUUUAAUAGUUUGUUUAUUUGACGUUUAUCAGAUAAAUUUUGAGGAUGAAUUUGUUGAGUACUGUGCUGUUUAGUUAGUUGGUUGGUUAACGAGUCAAUUCAGUGGUUUGAGGAUAAAAUAAAAGUGUGUGUGUGUGAGAGAAAGAGAUUUUCUUUCAAUCUCUUUUCUAACUGCAGAGGGAUCAGGACUUUAAACAGUUUAUAUCCUGUCAUAUUUUGAUUUAUUGAUCAGAUUUAGCCGUCGCCAUGCUCUCUGUUGCUAUGGUAACCAUAGCUGUCUGUAGCUACAGCGAUUAAGGAAGACUGUCCCCUCAGUGUCCUGAUGGGGCUGAUAUUGUUGCUUCUUGUGAAAGAUCUGAGCAGUUCAGACUUUGUGAUGUCUCUAUAAAUAAUCUGAAUGUUUCAGGAUUAAAUAAAUAUUCAGAUCAUUUGUUUAGAAAAAAAAGAAUUAAUCUGAAUAUUGAUCCAAAGAUAGAUUAUGAGCUGAAAGCCUCCGAGCCUGGGCACAGGAUUACUGUGACACAGACUGUGGAAGCGGGACGAUGACACACACUUGGUGUAAUGUUGCUUGAAUGUGUGUUGUGCUGCUUGAAUGCGUCUUUCUGAAGUGUUUUUGUGCUCUAGUGUGAGUUGUUUACAUCGCGUUGCCAUGGCAACACGUAGCCGGCGAGUCACUGAGAAACCGAAGUUAUUGAGUGCAGAUUUGCGAGGUCCGUCAGCUGUUCAGUUCUAAGCUCCUCUCCUUUCCUCCGUUUUCAUCCCUCUAGUCCAUGCAACGUCUGUAAGUGUUCAUACGUUGUUGUAUUAAGAUGAAGGUUGUUUAAGUGUAAUUAAGUUGUUAAAUCGGCUAUGGCGCUAAUCGUUAAUGCUACACGAAGUUAGCUUCAUGUUUUUCGUUGCUAGGGGCAUUCUAGCUCGUUUGUGAUUAUAUCGGCUAAAGCUAAUGUAGCUUAGCUCUACUGCUUGUUUGUGUGUAAGCUGUAACUCAUUGUUUUAUAUGUUACUGUAUCAUUUCAGUUUCACAAGAUUCCUCAGUAAACUUGAAGAGGUGAAUCAACUGCGUCUGAGAGUUUAUUGGGGAGUGUUUAUACUGCUUGGAAGUAGCCCAUGACACUUGGAUUAAUAAUCUCCAUCAGAGGUGGAGCUGUUCUGAGGUUAACCACGAUGACCUUAAACACCUGAGUGUGUCCGCAGGUGAGAGAGUGCGUGUGGGGGGACGAUCAGGAGUCCAGCAGUGAGGAAGGAGGAGGCGGGGUCACAUGGGAAACACAAGCCAUGGAGGUCAAAGGUCAACUCAUCUCAGCACCUGGUAAGAAAUGAUUAGAAUAAAGCCCUCAUAAGCCCCGCCCUCCCUUAGUAACUGUUGUCAUGUUGGGCAUGUCUGAAAUAAAAGAGCAUGUUUUAUCGUCUUGAAAAUUUACUGUUGGUUUGGUUAGCUCACAGUGUGUGUGUGUGUGUGUGUGUGUGUGUGUGUGUGUGUGUGUGUGUGUGCAGACCCUCUCACCUGUCCUGACAGGAAGCAGAGGGAGCAAAUGGCAGAGCUGCAGGAGCGGAGGCGGAGCCUGCAGGCACUGCUAAGCACACGAUUGGCUGAGCUGAGACGGAUCUGUCUGCAGGAGGCUGUGAGUGACAUCAUAACUGGGCUCCUCCCUCAAGCGAGGAUCAUCCAACCACAGACCAGCUCUGAGGAAAGUUCAUGCAGCCAUUACCUGAGGUGUGUUUUCUGUGUUGUCAUUGGUCAGGAGCUGACAGGUUCGGUGCCCAGUGACUUCCCCCUGGAGGAGGGGGAGAAACCCCCAUGUGUACGCCGGAGAGGAGGGGCAUCUCGCCAAGCAAAUAGGAAGUGCCGAGCAGAGGUGAGAUCACGUGCACAUUUUUUGUUAGUUAAGGGGGAACAGGAAGUCAAGCUCCGCCCAUCCCGCAUCAGCUGAUUCUUACCCCCAAUUUUCACCGUGUCCGGAACGGUAUCAAUUUUCGCCAUCUGCUAAUUCCUACCAGAUCCAUUGGUGAGAUUGAUUUUGUGCCGGAUGGUGGACCACGGUAAAUAACCUGAUACAGCCUAUGGGCGUUCAGGGAUUGCGUAGCUCACCCGGAGGAUGCGCUGUUUGAGCCGAGCGUCAUCACAGUGACUCUCUGCGACUGUGCGCCCGAAUGCCCGCAUCGCUACUGCGCAGCGCUGGUUUCAGGAAAUGAAGAAAAAUCCCGGAAAUACCGAGAGCUAUUUGGCUUCAAAUCCAUAUACAGGCGGUAGGCUGAACCAAGUUGUCCAUAGUAUACACAGUCUAUGCUUUCACCUGUAUCACUGUCAGCAAAGAUAGGAAGGAAACGAGAGGUCUCACUCCUCUGCAGCCUAACUCAAGAAUUUGUUCUAAACAAACGCAAACACAUUCAACUGCAAGAUAAUAAUACAUUUCUAUUAAAAAAAGGUCCUGAUUGAACCAAAGGAAAAACAUGAAACAUUCAUGAUCCCUUUCUGUGUGUGUGUGUGUGUGUGUGUGUGUGUGUGUGUGUGUGUGUGUGUGUGUGUGUGUGUGUGUGUAUGUGUGUGUGUGUGUGUAUGUGUGUAUGUGUGAUUGUGUGUUUUCGUCUGUGUUUUCCAGGAGGAAGAGUGUCAGCGCUCAAAGCCGAAGAAAACUUUGUUCAGUGGAGCUUUGAGGAAACACACUGACUCUGAACACAACACUCACACACAGACACACACACACCACGGCAAGAGGACUGUACACCGAGGCUGCCACACAGGUAACACACACACACACACACACACACACACACAAAGUUAGCAGUCGAUGUGAAGCCAUUGUUUUAGCAAGAUGAGGAAAUCUGCUCCUUCCUGCUGUUAUUCUGAAAAAGAUUGUGUGUGUGUGUGUGUGUGUGUGUGUGUGUGUGUGUGUGUGUGUGUGUGUGUGUAGAUGACACAGUGCGGUCAGAAAGCAGCUCUACGUCAGACUCUACAGGACACGACAAUGGUAAAGCCCCCCUACACACGCGCACAUGCACACACACACACACACAUCUGCUUUAAUUCACAUUUUUUAAAGUAAACUUUGUAAAACUUCGAUCAGUCGUCAGGUGACUUGGCUGUCUUUGAAAUGAACUCAUCAUUUCUCCUUUAUUUUAUUUUAUUCAAAACUUUUCCCUGAUUUUGUUUUUAUGGAUUGGAAGCUUGACCCUGCGCUUAUUUUGAGAUUACUCUACUCUUUUCUUUCUUUCUUUCUUUCUUUUUUUAUUGUAAUCUUAUUUUGAUAAACUGAUUGCCCUGCUUUUAUUUUGGUAGGAAGAGAACAUAUUUUCAUGCAUAAAUCACUUAUCCCUGCUCUUAUUUUGAUAAAUUCAAUACUGUAAUUUCUGGUAUUCUUCCUUGUUUAAUGAUUUUUUUAACCCUGCCCUUAUUAGAUAAAAAAUAUAAGAUCAUUAUGAAGAAAAUAGGAAGUAAAUCUGUUUUUUUAAUUUGUCACUUUCACAGGAUAAAAUUUUUCCUUUAAGUGAUAAAAAAUGAAAAUAAUAAAUAAAAAAAGUUUCUUUUUUCCCCCAAAUCACCUCUGACAGCUCUAAAAGCUGAUUGGCUGUCUCUGGAAUCAAUCAGCUCUAAUUAUGAUGAUGUCACUGUUCUGUAUUCAGAUGACAGCGUGUCUCAAUGUCGCCCCCUGCUGGUCACCUCUGGUUCUCCCGUGGAAGUUUUCUACCAAAACAAGACCAGGAGGAACUCAGUGCUCAACAGGUAAACACACACGCACACACACACACACACACACACACACACACACACACACACACACACACACACACACACACACACACACUGUUAAUUCAUCCUCAAACCACUGAAUUAACUACAAAACCCAGUUCCAUUGAAGUUGGGAAAUUGUGAUAAACGUAAAUAAAAACAGAAUACAAUGAUUUGCAAAUCCUUUUCAACCUAUAUUCAAUUGAAUACACUACAAAGACAACAUAUUUAAUGUUCAAACUCAUAAACUUUAUUUUUUUUUCAAAUAAUAAUUAACUCAGAAUUUCAUGGCUGCAACACGUGCCAAAGUAGGUGGGACAGGGGCAUGUUUACCACUUUUCUUUUAACAACACUCAAUAAAUGUUUGGGAACUGAGGAGACUAACUGUUGAAGCUUUGAAGGUGGAAUUCUUUCCCAUUCUUGCUUGAUGUACAGCUUCAGUUGUUCAACAGUCCAGGGUCUCUAUUGUCGUAUUUUACACUUCAGAAUGCGCCACACAUUUUCAAUGGGAGACAGGUCUGGACUGCAGGCAGGCCAGUUGAGUACCCGCACUCUUUUACUACAAAGCCACGCUGUUGUAACACGUGCAGAAUGUGGCUUGGCAUUGUCUUGCUGAAAUAAGCAGGGGCAUCCAUGAAAAAGACGUUGCUUGGAUGGCAGCAUAUGUUGCUCCAAAACCUGUAUGUACCUUUCAGCAUUAAUGUUGCCUUCACAGAUGUGUAAGUUACCCAUGCCUUGGCCACUGAUGCACCCCCAUACCAUCACAGAUGCUGGCUUUUGAACUUUGCAUCGAUAACAGUCCGGAUGGUUCUUUUCCUCUUUGGCCCGGAGGACACGACAUCCACUAUUUCCAAAAACAGUUUGAAAUGUGGACUCGUCAGACCACAGAACACUUUUCUACUUUGCAUCAGUCCAUCUUAGAUGAGCUCAGGCCCAGAGAAGCCGGCAGCGUUUCUGGAUGUUGUUGAUGAAUGACUUUCAUUUUGCAUAGUAGAGUUUUAACGUGCACUUACAGAUGUAGCGACGAACUGUAUUUACUGACAGUGGUUUUCUGAAGUGUUCCUGAGCCCAUGUGGUGAUAUUCUUUACACAUUGAUGUCGGUUUUCCACACAGUGCCGCCUGAGGGAUCGAAGGUCACAGGGAUUCAAUGUUGGUUCCGCCUACGUGCAGUGAUUUCUCCAGAUUCUCUGAACCUUUUGAUGAUAUUAUGACCAAUUGCAAUUGUACUUUGAGAAACGUUGUUCUUAAACUGUUCGACUAUUUGCUCACGCAGUUGUUCACAAAGUGAUGAACCUCGCCCCAUCCUUGGUUCUGAAUGACUGAGAAUUUUUGGGGAAGCUGCUUUUAUACCCAGUCAUGGCACCCACCUGUUCCCAAUUCGCCUGCUCACCUGUGGGAUGUUCCAAAUAGCUGUUUGAUGAGCAUUCCUCAAAUUUCUUAGUAUUUUUUGCCACCUUUCCCAACUUCUUUGUCACAUGUUGCUGCCAUCAAAUUCUAAUGGUAAUGAUUAUUUGCAAAAAAACAAUAAAGUUUAUCAGUUGAACAUUAAGUAUUUUGUCUUUGUAGUAUAUUCUAUUGAAUAUUGGUUGAAAAGGAUUUGCAAAUCAUUGUAUUCCGUUUUUAUUUACGAUUUACACAUCUUUCCAACUUCAUUGGAAUUGGGUUUUGUAGUUAACCAACCAAUUAACUAACUUAACCUAUGAAUAACAAAUCAACAAACCAUCAAAACUAUCAAAGAAAUCAGCCAACAGCCCACUUAAUUAGUCAACUAACCCACUAACUAAGUAACUAAUCAACUAACUAACUAAUUAAUCCAAAAACUAUCCAACGACGCUAAGUUCCCAACCAACCAUCAAAGAAAUUCAUCAAGCAGCCAAAAACUGGAUCAACCUAUAAACCAACAACCAAGUCAGCUAUCAAACCAACCAAUUAAACAAACACCAUGAACCAAUCAACCAAUUAGAAGUCAAACUGAUAAAUUAACCAAUAAAACCAGUCUACAAAACAUCAACACAACAACCAACAGAUAAUCUGACCAGUGUAACAAACUAACAAGCUAACUAACCAAACAACUAACCAGUUCACCAACCAAUCAAUGAACAAUCUCACUUACUAACCGACCAACAAACCCACAAAUUAACUUAUCAAUCAACUUUAUUACUAAGUAAUCAACCAACAAACCAACCAACCAAUUAAUAAACAACCUGGCAAACCAACCAAGGAGAUCACCAACUAACUUAUUAAUCAACAAACCAACAAGUUUAACCAAUCAGCAAAACAACAAAUCAUUAAACUAAUAAAUAAAACAACCAGUCUGCAAGCCAUGAAACUGUACAAACCAAAUAAUAACCAAUAAUCGAUUUACCAAUUAACGAACCAACACAACAAGCUCAGCUAACCAUCUAACAAACUAACCAAUAAAAAUAAACUAAUCAUUAAACCAAUAACCAAUCAGCUAACUAAUUCACAGACCUUCUAACCAAACCAACCAUUAACCAACAGACCAUGAACCAAUUGGUCAAACUGAUAAAUUAACCAAAAACCAGUCUAUAAAACAUCAACACAACAACCAACAGAUAACCUGACCAGUCUAACAAACUAACAAGUUACCUAACCAAACAACUAAGGAAUAUACAAAACUGUUCACCAACCACUCAAUGAACAACUUCAUUGACUAACUGACCAACAAACCAACAAAUUAACUUAUUUAUCAACUUUAUGACUAACCAAAUAACCAACCAACAAAUUAACCAAUCAAUAAACAACCUGGCAAACCAACCAAGGAGAUAACCAACUAACUUAUCAAUCAACAGACCAACAAGUUCAACCAACCAGCAAAACAACAAUCAAUAAAUUGAUCAAUAACACACAGAGUUAGCUUUCAGAACUGAUUCUCACCUGUCUCUCUGCUCACCUGUCCUCACCUGUCUCUCUGCUCACCUGUCUCUCUGCUCACCUGUCCUCACGUGUCUCUCCUCUUUAGGGUUGAACUUCCAGAGACUCUUCAGACCCACAAGCCCCUUCCCAUGCCCCCCUCCCACCCUCCCCACCCUCCCCCUCGUUCUCAAGACUCCUCCUCCUCCUCCGCCCCCUCUGAUCCAGCAGGAGAGGGCGGGGUCAGGAUGAACGCCGCUCGCCUUAGCAACAGCUCCGACGGCCUGCUGGACCACAUCGCCCCCCCUGAGGAGGAGGGGGGUUCACAGCAAGGAGGAUUUUGGGUAAAUGGUCAGCAGGGGUCCAGAGGAACAAGCACAGGUGGUGUAUUUAGGAGCUCCGAGACCCUGACCGACGGACGGAGCAGGACCAGGACUAAUAACGGCGUCACUGAGGGAGGAGGGGUGGGGCGAGGAAGAGGAGGAGUCAGAGUUGGGGGCGGGUACAGCGAGGUUUUGCUAGACUACGUUUGGGGGAAACAGCAGCAGCUGCAGAGACAGCAGUCCCAGCCCAACAGCCGAAAACCAAUCACAUCGCACCAGCAGCUGCUCUUCAAUGGUUACUCCUCCCAGCAGCCCUCUGGAGCCCCGCCCACCUACCGUGGUCACCAGGGCGAUCAGCGGCGAGUCAAAGUGACCCGCACCAAGUCCUGCGGACCCUUCCUCCCGGUGCAGCAGGACCAGACUGAUGCCAAACCCCCCCCCCUGUCCACCAUCCAGCCAGACCCCCACCCCCACCUGCUGCCCCCCCGCCCCCCACACCUACCCCCGAGUCAGGACGCCCAGCUAGAGGACGCCACCAGGAGCCUCCACAAGGCCCUCGCCCUGGAGGGUAAAAGUCACCGGCUUCCUAUUACAUCACAAGACCAAAAGUCAUCUAAUCUGGUCCAUCGUGGAUCUGUAGUCCACUUUGGGUUUGCUCUGUGGUCAAACGCCCAGUCACUCCUCCCUCUCUCUCUGGACCUUAUGGUGCGUUUGAUUUUCCUCAGAAGUCAGAAGUCCGAGCUGAAAAUGACGUCACACCCAAGUUCUCAGUUUUUAGUUACCAAGUCAGAAAAAAGAAAAAUUUAAGGACUUAAACUACGACAGGGUAUUAGCGCCACAUUAAGAAAGAAACAAAUUAAGACUUUGGGAUUAAAGUCGUUACUUGCAAGAAUAAAGUUGUAUUAAAAUCAUUACUUAAGUCAAAGCUAAUAGCUUUUCUAACCUGUUGUUAGUUGUUUAAAUGAGUGCUGUGGAGCAUUUCGAUGAGUUGAACUUCAGUAGCUAGGUUUCACAAACAAGGAGAUACUAAUUCCUUUGGCGUUUCAGCAUCACAUCGUCUUAAGUAUCAGGACAUAUGUAAGAAAUGCAGAAUGAACCAGGGGGACUUGUAGGGAAUCGCUGUUUUUGAGGAGGGGGAAAUGUCUGGAAAUGGCUGUGCAGAGGCUAAAUCCCUCAAUGCAGCCGUUUAUAAUGAUAGUUUCAUAUGACUUUAGUUGAUUGUAUGAUUCUAUAUGCCAUAAGGUGGUGGUGCCUCUGCAGGUGGAGGUUGUUGUUGCCAGCAUCAGAGACAGACGAGGUGCUCAUCAGAGCUCGACUCCCUCUGAAUCUCAAAUGUCGAUCAUCAGUUGGAUUAUUUCUUGAGAAACCAGAAAAGCUCUCUGAAUAACCCACUGAUGAAUCCUCGGAUAACUCUGCAGUUGACCAGUUCUGACAUUUCCUCCUCCACAAAAGCAGCUUUAAGACGAAAUUUACUUUUACGACUUUAUUCUCGAAAGUAAUGAUCUUAUUACGACUUUAUUCUUGUAAGUAAUGAUUUAAUAACAACUUUAGUCUUGUAAUUAUUUUAUGAAGACUUUAUUCUUGUAAGUAAUUAUCUUAUUAGGACUUUCAUCUUAAAAGAAAUGAUUUUAUUACAACUUUAUUCUCGUAAGUAUUGAAUUUAUACCGACAUUAUUUUCAUCAGUAAAGAUUUUAUUUUGACUAAAUUCUCGUAAGAAAUGAUUUUAUUACGACUUUAUUCUCAUAAGAAAUUAUUUUAUUACGACUUUAUUUUUGCAAGUAAUUACGAAGUCUUAAUUAUUUUCCUUAAUGUGGCCCUAAUACUCUUUCAUAUAAAACAAGAUGGCUACAUCUACGAAAUUUAUUUUAGCGCUUGCAUUAUAUUCGGACAAGGCAAGUGCUAAAAUAACUUUCGUAGAUGUAGCCUUCUUGUUUGAGGCCUCCGAAUUUGCUUUUCCCUGACUCAGUAACUGAAACGCUGGGAACUCGGGCAUGACGUUAUUUUCAGCUUGGACUUCUGACUUCCUAGGAAACUCGAACGCACCAUUAGUCCACCUUAAAACCGUAAUGAUUGGAAACUUUGUUCCACCUUAUAGACUAUGGCGCUCCGUAUUACCUCUACAGUCCAUCUUAAAACCUUCAUCCACCGUCAUAAAAACUACGACCAAAUUUUAAACUACGCUCCACCUGAGUUCAGGUUCACCACUAAACUACAGUCCACCUUUUGACCAUGGUCCACCAUAAAAACAAAGUGCAGUUUUCUGGAAUAAACUACAGUCUACCUUUAAGAAACUACAGCUCACUAUAGAACUACAGGAUGUGUUCGAUUUGCAUCUCCCUGCAUGCCUGCGGGUUGGAGCUUUGGCCCUGUUGCCAUGGUAUCACUUUAAUUAACACUAAUUGAAAUCUGUGAUGUGGCACUGGUUGGUCUCUGAGCCUGAGCUGAAGCUGAGCAGGUUUUAAAUCUUAAGAAAGAGCAGAUGAUGAAUGUUUAAUGAUGAGGAGAUGAAUCUGGGUCACUGCAGCAGAAACACUCCCUCUGCCUGCAGCUGGUUUAACACAGACAGAGAGGAGGGGGCGCCACCUGCUGGGCACACUGCAGGACUCCACUCUGAGGAAUCUUAAAGAUAGGGAGUGUGGAGAACUUUCAUUUUCUGCGCUCUGAGUAACAUCUUUUUUAUGAUACGAUCAGCAGGAGAAAGGACCCAAGCACAGACACCCAGAGCGAUACGAAGCACAGCGAAGAGGUUCCGAUUAACUAUCUGUAUCCUAAUCUGAGUUAAUCUGUAAUUAAAUCUAGAGCUCAAACAUGAUUUAAAAUGUAUUUUUGUCUAAAGUUUAACAGUCUCUAUCACUCCUCACUCUAACCCAUGGUUUAAUCUGAACCAUAAUCUUCCAUCUUAAUCUGAAGUUCUGUAUGUUUAAAGUUUAAACUCUUACAUGUUAUUGACACUAAAAAUAACUGUAGUUUUAUCUGUUAUUAAGUGUGCUGUUAAUCUGUAAUUUAAUCUGUAGUUUUAUCUGUAGUUUGAUAUUCUUGAGAUCUGUUAAUUUGUACAUUUUAUUGUUUUUUUUUGUUUAAUUGAUAAUACCCUCCAUAGUUUAAUCAAGAGUUUAAUCAGUCAUUAAGUAGUAGUUUAAUUAGUAGUUUAAUCAGUCAUGUAGUUGUAGUAUUAUCAAUCAUUAAGUCUGAGUUUAAUCAGUCAUUAAAUCGUCAUUUAAUCCGUAGUUUCAUCAGUCAUUAAAUCGUAGUUUAAUUUGUUGUUCAAUCAGUCAUUAAGUCAUAGUUAAGUCAGUUAUGAAGUCGUUUUUUAAUCAGUCAUUAAGUCCGUGUUUAAUCAGUAGUUUAGUCAGUCAUAAAGUCGUAGUUUGAUCAGUUAUUAAGUCAUAGUUUAAUCAGUCAUUAAGCCAUAGUUUUAUUAUUUAUUAGGUUGAAGUCUAAUACGUAGUUUAUCAGUCAUUUCAUUGUUGUUUAAGUAGUCAUUAAUUGGUAGUUUAAUCAGUCAUUAAGUUGUAGUUUUAUCAGUCAUUUAGUCUUAGUUUUAACAGUAAUUAAUUGGUAGUUUAAUCAGUAGUUCAAUCAUUCAUUUAGUUGUAGUUUUAUCAGUCAUUUAGUUCUAGUUUAAUCAGUCACUAAGUAUUAGUUUGAUCAGUAGUUUAAUUAGUCAUUUAGUUGUAGGUUAAUUUGUUAUUAAGAAGACGUUUUAAUCAGUCAUUAAGUCGUAGUUUAAUCAGUCAUUAAGUUGUAGUUUAAUACAUGGUUUAAUCAGUCAUUAAGUCUUUGUUUAAUCAUACAUUUAGCGUAGUUUAAUCAUUCAUUAAGUUGUAGUUUAAAACAUAGUUUAAUCAGUCAUUAAGUUGUGGUGUUAUCAGUAAGUUAGUGGUAGUUUAAUCAGUCAUUCAGACGUAGUUUUAUCAGUCGUUUAGUGGUAGUUUAAUUAGUCAUUUACUUUUAGUUUUAUCGUUUAUUUAGCCGUGCUUAAAUAAGUCAUUUGGUCAUAGUUAAAUUAGUAAUUAAGUUGUAGUUUAAUCAGUCAUUAAGUUGUAGUUUAAUACGUAGUUUAAUCAGUGAUCAAGUUGUAGUUCUGAUAGGUCAUUUAAUCAGUCAUUAAGUCUUUGUUUAAUCAGUCAUCAAAUUGUAGUUUAAUCAUUCAUUAAGUUUUAGUUUAAUACGUUGUUUAAUCAGUCAUGAAGUUGUAGUUUUAUUCGUCAAUUAGUGAUAGUUUAAUUAGUCAUUAAGUUGUUGUUUUAUCGGUUAUGUAGUCGUAGUUUUAUCAAUCACUAAGUCCUAGUUUAAUACUUCGUUUUAUCAGUCAUUAAGUUGUACUUUUAUUUGUCAGUCAGCGGUAAUUUAAUCAGUCAUUAAGUUGUUGUUAUAUUGGUUAUGUAGUCGUAGUUUUAUCAAUCACUAAGUCAUAGUUUAAUAUGUAGUUUAAUCUGUCAUUAAGUUGUUGUUUUAUCAGUCACUUAGUGGUAGUUUAAUCAGUCAUUAAGUCAUAAUUUUAAUCAUUUAUUUAGCCGUGGUUUUAGUCAUUUAUUUGUAGUUUAAUCAAUUAUUAAGUUGUAGUUUAAUAAUUAAGUUGUAGUUUAAAACAUAGUUGAAUCAGUCAUUAAGUAGUUUUUCAUUCAGUCAUUAAGUCGAAGUUUGAGUCGUAGUUUAAUCAUUCAUUAAGUUAUUUUAUCAGUCAUCAAGUCUGAGUUUAGACAGUUAUUAAGUUGUAGUUUAAUCAGUCACUAAGUCAUAGUUUAGUCAGUCAUUUAGUCAUAGUUUAAUUGUAGUUUUAUGUGUUUGAUUGGCAGGUCUCAGGGAAUGGUACCUGAGGAACACGAUUGGCUCAUCAAAUCAAAACCAAGUGAACGGAAAUGUCAACACAGGGGUCAACGCCAAAGUGAACGGUGGGGUCAAAGGUCAGUUAGGAGGAGUGGGCGGGGCUAUGCCAGGCAGACGCAGAACUCAUGGUUCCAUCCAGCAGUCGACCUAUCAGACGGAGACAAGUCACCACAAGAAGACACUGCCACACUCGGCCACCUUCCACGGACACCCGUUACAUGGCAGGUAGGAUUCGCUCACCUGCACAGGUACACGCCCACUGCUGCUACACCUCACCCUCGCCCUCACCCUCUCUCUCUCUCUCUCUCUCUCUCAGGUCUGUGGACGGCUCGAUUUACCAAGACUCCUUCCCGACCCAGAAACAGGGGGUUCCACUCAGAGACCUGACCCUGGACCAGCCAUCUCCAGGAACUCUGGUCUGACUCAUGGACCAAUCAGGACACUGACAGACAGACAUGCUGACCAGUCCCAGGCCGGCUCCUGGGAUGGACUCCUGAGUGGACUGUGUGCUGGUUCUUCGGUAAAGCCGAGCUCAGCGUCAGCAGCUGCUCCUGAAACUUCACCUAAAGCUCCGCCCACUGUGAUGUCACUCUGUCGUACCCCUAACCUUGACGGACAGGAUGACGGGUAGUCAGUUUAACGGUCUCCUCCGGGUCUCAAACUGUUCCUUUAAAGAACGAUUUUUUAACUGUUGUCUGUUUUUAUGGUUUCCAUGACGACGCGUGCGUCUCUAAUCUGACUGUUGCUCGGACAAUCAGGCCAAAACCAGCUUUUAUAUGAAUGUUUCAUACAGUAACGAUGACGACGAUGAAGCUGUUGCACUCGGAGGUCACAUGAUCACCAGCUUACAUCACCAGCUCAUUCUCAGACCAGCAGAUCGGACAGAGUGGAAACUGAUCGGGUGAGCUGACUGAUCCUCAGGUGAGACUCUACAGGUAACCUCUGCACUAACAGUCAGCACCUUCACUUUAUGGAGAUAUUAACCGACAACAGCAGACGGACAGUUCUUCUUUAGAGAACCGUGAGCUUAAUCGUGCCCUGCAGAGAGACACCUGGGACACCUGGAGACACCUGGGACACCACAGACACCUGGGACACAGGGCAUGUCUGUCUCAGCAUCAGGAGGUCUCAGAGAGAAAACUGUCAGAGGGAUAAAAACUUAGUCAAAGGAACCAAAAUCUGAUGAGAGAGAACGUCAAAGUUCGACUUUUUCCCUCUGUCAAAGACAUGUCAGACCAGCAGGUGGCGAUACUUUCUAAUCACUCUGUGUUGUCAUUGGGUUUCAGUCAUGUGACUUGUUUGUUGUGGCUGCCAUCUUUAGGACGGAGGCGCUAUCAUUUGGCUCAGAGUGAGGUUCAUCCUAACGUCCAAUCAAGGUCCCGCCCUCCUUCGCCUCUGAUUGGCUAGAAGUGCUGGGCUCCGAAUAAGCUGUGAAACGUCAUCGUCCGUCAGGUUAGGAGAUUCAGAAGUGCGAUAAUGUUCUGUAAUGUUCUGUUUGAUAUACAGAGCUGACAGUCCGUGUUUGGCUUGAGCAUGUGACGACGUUUCACAGCCAAUCAGAGGCGAAGGAGGCGGGACUUUCCCCUACCAUCCUUCAAAAAAAAUAAUGCGUCCCAGAUCUGAUGUUUACCCUCCAAAUAGCCAAUCACAGAAAAGCUCUUAUUCUUCGUCCCCUUCAUCCACUAAGGCGGUUAGUAUUUUAGGAGGAUUUUACAGAGAUGUAUGCUAACCUUGAAACUAUCAGUGCCGGUCAAACUCAGCGCAGGAGUCUCGAUCAGAGGGACGUUAACGGGCCAGAACACAUUUACAGUUGGCUAGGAGGUUCAACUCGGAGCUAUAAUUUUGACACUCGCUGGAUCAUCGUUUAAAUUUAACGUUAGGGGAACCAACAUAACCACAAAUUCAAGGUCGUCUUUACAAAGUGCCACUCGUGCCCCCACAGCAGAGUACUGGUUGAGCUCUGGUUCCAGGUCGGUCCCAAAGAUGGUGCCAUAAAUGCCGCAUGUAGCCACAUGAAACGUGAGCUGUUACUAAUGCUGAAUACAAAUUGGCAAAUUAGAAACCAUUGAGUGGUGUUUGUUAACAGCCAGGUGUCCCUGUAAAGACGAGUUUAAACCGAACGGUACUGAGCCGACACCAACAAACGGAUUUCAGGGCUGCCAAGUUUACAACAAUGACAAGAGUGAGACUUUAGCUUUACGAUGUGUUCAGCCGCGCAGCGAAAACUUUUUUUGCCUUUUUUAAUGCCGAUUUAUACCUUAGAACUAAUGUCCUCACUGCCAUGCUACUCUCCCUAAUGCUAAGCUUAAUUAACCAGAAAUUAGAGCUAAAAAUUGUAACAAGAAUUUUGACAAAUUACAUUAAUUUGUCGAUAUUCCAUUACUUUGAGUGGGUUUUAAAUGUCAGUGCUGUUGUGUGUGAAAGAUAGUUAGAGACGCCAAGACCCAAAAAAGUUCAGCGUUUCCGAUACCAAGUCAGAAAAAAAAACAAAAUCUGAGAUGAAAUCAAGAUGGCUACGUCUAUGAGAGUUAUUUUAGCCCUUGUCUGAAUAUAAGGCAAGCGCUAAAGUAUCCUUCGUAGAUGUAACCGUCUUGUUUAAGGCCUCCGUUUUCACUUUUUUCUGACUUGGUAACUAAAACGCUUGUAACUCGGGUGUGACGUCAUUUUCAGGUCCAACAUCUGACUUCUGAAGUAACUCGUAGGCAAAAAUUUUAGCGCUGUUGUGUGUGAAAGAAAGUUAGAGACGGCAAGACCCAAAAAAACCCUCUGCAUUUCAGUUACAGAGUCGGAAAAAGGCAAAAUCAGAGACAGAAACAAGAUGACUACGUCUACGAAAGCUAUUUUAAUGCUUGUCUGAAUAUAAGGCAAACGCUAAAGUAACCUUUGUAGAUGUAGCCAUCUUGUUUCAGGCCUCAGAUUUAGCUUUUUUCCAAAUUGGUAACUAAAACACCGGGAACCUCAAAUGUGAUGUUAUGUUCAGCUCUGACAUUUGACUUCCGAGGUAACUCAAACACAGCUAAAAUGUCAGCGCUGUUGUGUGUAAAAGAAAGUUAGAGACGCCAAGACCCCAAAAAAACUCAGUGUUUAAGUUAUCAAGUCGGAAAAAAGCAAAAUGGAGAUGGAAACAAGAUGGCUAUAUCUAAGAAAGUUAUUUUAGCGCUAGUCUUGUCGGAAUAUAAGGCAAGCACUUAAAUAACUUUCAUAGACGAAACCAUCUUGUUUCAGGCCUCUGAUUUUGCUUUUUUCCGACUUGGUAGCUGAAAUGCUGGGAACUCAGGUGUGACGUCAUUUUCAGCUCCGACAUCUGACUUCCGAGGUAACUGUGUCGAACGCAGCAUUAGACACAAAGGACUGAUGGAUUGGUCUGGGAUUGAUUACCUCGGUCAGUCAAUCAAAGUUACUCGAACUACGGCAAGCCAAGUUUAUUAUCAUGAAAAAAAAUAAAUACAGAGUGUUGAAUGGGGGGAAAAAAGCAUGAGAAAUGUCAAGUGUGGCGUGUGGCAAAUGGGUCAAAUUGCGUGACUGUCACACUCAAAGCGUGACGCUUGGUAGCUCUGUGAUUUUAACGAACAGCUUCAGCACGACUGAAAUAUUCGAAUACUCCAGCUGUGAAAAUGAUCAACUGACUCUUCUGUGUGUCCUCAUCCUGAAGGAGUCUAUUAAAGCCGGUGUAGUCGCCCCCUGCUGGACAUUUGACAGAAUGCAUUGACCUGGAGACUCUUCUUAUAUAUGGUCUGUGGUCUCUGCAGGACCAGGUCAGAUCCAGAGCCAGAGUGAGAGCAAUAAGAGGAUAAGGGAGUCUGUGAAGCUUUUAGAGUGACGACAAUCAGAUGAUGAUGUCACCGUGUUUAUUGACGAAUUAUUGAUGAUUGACUUUUGUUCAGUGAAAUUUUGUCAACACUUUUUAUAAACAUGUAAAGAUGAAUGAAAUGUAACUUUUUAAAGUAAUGUGAUCACUUCUGGAUGGACUCAUGAUUAUUUAUUAAUGUGAUUGAUCAUUAUAACGAUCAGUAAAAGUGAUCCGUCCAUCCUCUGAACCAAAACCUGUCAGCCUGACCUCCAGGCUCUGCCUACAGGGUGCCACGGUCACAUGACUCAGAGAUGACUCUCAGAAAUCUGGAACCAAGCCCCGUCCAUCUCCCUCACUGAAUGACAGAUUAUUGAUGAUAAGAUCCAAGUACAACCACCAAUCCCACCAGAGAUGCUGUGAGAAAUGUCUGCACAUCAUUAAAGGUGGAGGAGGCAGGAUCUGACCUGCUGAUGGUUGUAUGGGGUCGGAAACAGAGCUGCUGAAAAGACCUAGUUUUGGGAGGACACGUUCACAUCAAUGAUAACAUUUUCUCGGCGAAAAAAACUAAUUAUGAGCUUAGUCUGAAUAAUGGUGUGUUAGUCAGGAUCUGAGGAAGUUCCAGUUUUUAGGGAGAAAUCUUGAAUGUAAACUCUACCCCCCCUCCCAACCAGUUUUCCCCUCAGCUCCUCCUCUCCCCUCCCUCUCUGCUCCAGCAAGCCCCGCCCACAAACAGACGCUCCUGCUCGCUCGUAUCGUUCCAAUUAAAUUCAGAUAUAAUGCAGAUAAAUACUUCAGAUCAUUACAAAUGGGGCCCAGUCAAGGUGAAAGUCAAAAGCAUUGGUGCUACUGUAGAUGCCAACAGACUACCAGCAAACACAAUGUUUGCAGGACUUCUACAACUAGGAUAAAGUGACAUAGUUCAGGACCCGAGGGAGGACAGUUUAGCGAUGGCGCUACAACACGCUACAGCAGGUCCGUUUGACAAGAAACACUUCUGUUACAGACACUUGUCUUACUUUGUUAAAGCGGUUUACCUGUCCAGCAGAAAGGUUACAGGGUCACCAAGAUCUGAAGGCGUCUAUUGUGGCUUUCCUAGUACCUUUAAAAAAACUCGCUUGAGGCAGAGACUCGGUCCUGUAUAUUCGUGCGACACGCUGCUGCUGUUCCAAAGAAGCACACACUUCAUCAAAGUUUUUCAGAGCUUUAAUAACAGAAAAACGCUUCUACAAUCACCAUUGAUUACAUGCGCACAUCCAAUGUCGUAUGUGUACAUUUACUGACGUGCGUCAUUGCAAACAAAAGAACAUGAAGCGCAGUCAACAAAAAUUACGGCUACCUAGGCUCACCUCUCCACCCCAGUGUAGGUGAGACCGCCCCCUAUAUAACUUGACAACUUUCAAACACACUGCCCACGUGACCCAAACCCAGCGAAACCAGUGGCAACCAGACAGAAGUAACUGAACCCAGGAUUAUGGCCCCUACAGCGUCCCCCAUCGUUUUUUGUUGACCCGGCUUUUUAGCUCUUGUCCGGUCUACCUCCGUUUUAAGCGCCUGUUAUUCCUCCAGAGUCUCCGGUAUUUACUUUGUUUUCUUGCGUGUGUCGUGACCAAAGGAGGAUUCAGACGAUUUUCCGAACUUUCUGGUUGGUUCCUACUGUCCGAUAUUGUAGCACGCUAACUUUGUUUGGGCCCUCGAAUGACACAGGGGUGCAGCCUCUGCCUCACAACCAAUCAGGUCGGGGAGGUGGAGAACAGCUUUGUUUACAGUCAGAAAGAGCGGACCGCUCAAAAAUGUUAAAAUGUUGACGACACAGGCAUAAGAGAACACAGAGAUAUCAUUAUAUUCCCAAAUAUCAUCAAUAACUAGUAACUAUUGACUGGUAUUAAAAGCUUUUUGUAAAUACACAACAAAAAAGAUGCUUCUUUAAUGGAAUCCUGCCUAACCCACCUUUAACACACCUAAAAAGACAAAUAAUCAAAUGUUUAAAAAAGUUUAAAUAUCUGCUCAUUUUCGAAUUGAUUUCAGCAACAUUUUUCUUCAAAGUUCUUUCAGAGGAACAACAAAACAGGCAUAGACUUUCUUAAACAUGUUGCUGGCCUCAAAUUUCAACUGAGCAGACAUUUUUUAUAAAACAACACAACUUUUUUAAUUCCUAACAUCUUGUCUUUACACUAAUUAGAUUGAUUUCAAAACCCCCAAAUUAUCAAUUUAUCAUCCUUUCAGACUUCAUUUAAGCUCUAAUGAAAGCGGGCUUGUAUGGUGUAAGAUAACCUCUUGUUGUUUCUGAUUGGCUGCUACAUGCAGUCAUGUGACCGCAGCUCCAGGGAAGCAGAAGGAGUCCCAGCAUGCACCUCCUCUCCACCAUCCGACUGCAAACAUGACUGAACUGACUCACACCAAAGCAGAAUACCCUCACACACACACACACACACACACACACACACACACACACACACACACACACACACACACACACACACACACACACACACACACACACACACACACACACAGUGUAAAUACAGCCUGGAUACUGCAGUAUCAGGAUACUCUGCAGUGAUUCAGUGUUAGUACUCAGCGCAGUAAAAUAUUCAGGGACGGGGACACACACAGAAACCACACCAGCCAACCAAACCCUGUACAAAGUUUUCAGUGUUUAACGGAGUGUUUUGUUGAUGUUUGAUUGAGUUUAAUUUAUGUCCGUUUGUCUCACUGCAUCACAGUUUGAUGGAGUACUUCACCCUGAUGAGGAGUACUUUGAUUUUUACUUUGAUCAAGUCUGAAACCUGCUGAGUCCUCACUGCUGCACUCAGAGUACCAGUACUCUGAUGGACCAGCGUUUGGUCUGCGUCCCUCUUCAGGUCCAGGACCAGCUGUUGUCCAGCUGUGUCUGUCAGUGACACCACAGGUAUUCCCGCGGUGAUGCGUUCAGGUGCACUUUGUACGACUGUGUUUCUGUAUAUUUUGAAAUUUGAAGCUGUAUACAUCAUUUUCUAUCUUUUUGGACUCUUUGCUCAUUUGUACUUUUUUCACUCUGAAGUUUCUGCUGUUUGAUGAGCUGAGAACGCUUCGUAUAAAUAAACAGACUGUAAAGAAUCUGUUUUUAAAUAAAAGUUUCUCCUCACUGG